GCUAUUGACAAUACAGCAAUGGGAGAUAAAGAUUUAAAAAAUUUUAUUUUAACUGAAGAAGAAUGGGAUCUUUCUUAUACCAAAUAUCCAACACUUUCUCGUGUUAUUCCUAUUUACAAUUAUCUUUGGAAUGUUGUUGAAGAUUUUAUUGAUGAGGAAAAUAGCGAUUCAGAUAUUAAAGCUGCUGCAAAAAAAGCUCUUGAUAAACUUGGAAUUUAUUAUAGAC